CUACAUCCAACAUGGCUGCCUACGGACCGGAAGACUUUGUUAACGGUGAUUUUGAUUUUUAAGGUGAUCCUAUCCCAAUAUGAUGGCGCCAUCACCAACUCUUGUGAUCCAUGGUGGCGCUGGGGCGUUAAGCCAUACAGGCUACGUGGAUGUGGAUGGGCUCAAGUCAGGCAUUCAGCAAGCAGCUCGGUUGGGAUAUAGGCAUCUUGUUGGGCAGACGUCAUCGGCUAUUGAUGCAGUAGAGGCAGCCGUGUGCUCCUUGGAAGAUAACCCGUUAUUUAAUGCAGGAAGAGGAUCUGAGCUCACACUGGGGGGCACUGUUGAAAUGGACGCUAUCAUCAUGGAGGGCCGGGACCUACGAGCUGGGGGUGUGACUUGUGUGCGCAACAUCCAGAACCCAGUGAGCCUUGCGAGAUUGGUCAUGGAAAAGACAGAACACGUUUUACUGGCGGGGGAAGGAGCGAAUAAAUUUGCCAGGGAGGUCGGAGUGGUAGAAAUGCCGCCGGAGGAAUUCAUCACAGAGCCCAGACGUAAACAACUGGAAAAUUACCUAGAGUUUCAGCGAGCUGGCAAACAGAUUCAUGACAAAGACAGGGAGUUGGGUAUAGAUGAUCACGACACCGUAGGAGCUGUUGCUGUCGAUGCCCACGGCAAUGUAGCUGCUGCCACCUCUACUGGUGGCAUCACAGGUCAGAUGAUUGGACGAGUUGGUGACUCUCCCCUCAUUGGGAAUGGUGUAUAUUGUGACAAUGCGGUCGGCGCGGCGUCAACCACGGGUCGCGGUGAAGAAAUAGCGAAGGUCACACUGGCUCGCAACUUGGUGUUCCACAUGGAGCAGGGUUUGUCACCGCAAGACGCAGUAGAGAAAGCUCUGAACUUUAUGCAGGAGCGAAGGGGUGCACCAGGAGGCGCUAUAGCUGUGAGCAAAAACGGGGACUUUGGGUACUACUUCAACACAAAGGCCAUGAUCUGGGCAUCGGUUCAGAAUGGUCAGUUGCAUUAUGGGGUGUAUCCAGGAGAAGAUGUGGUCACCACGUACUGAGGAAUGGCAAGAGAAAUGUUGGUGUAGGCCUAGAUCCUUUGUGUUUUCAACUAAAUUAUGUUUAAUUUUCAGUCUAGGAGCCGUUGGAACCUUGUCAGUGUUGCGUAUGUCACAUUUUAUGACACUACCAGGCAAAAAUCAAAUAUUUAUAAUUCGUAUGGGUACUGUUGCCCUUCUUAGCAGUAGUGUAAUCUUUAAACCUGGUAGAAUGUCUUUCUAAUUACCAUAUUAGACUGAAAUGCAUAAGUAUGAAAUAGAAAUAGGCGGAAGAAUGGUUAUUUGGUGGCAUACGUGCGCUUGUGCAUAAUAGCAUUAUUGUCUUGGAAGGCUUUUUGGUGUUGGUUGGUAGCUUGACCCCAUUUGGUAGUCUAAGAGUCCAUGGGACAUCGUUAUGCAUCGUUAUACAAUGGAGGCUUUACAGGGAAGAAUAUGAAAAGGUGUGUGAUUGACGCGAUAAGGAUGAACGAGGAUGGGAAUAACAAUGUGAGUUUGAAAGUAGGUAAAGUCCGUCAGCAGGAUUUUAUUGCCUGAAGAAUAUCUAACAAAUAAGAAAUACUGUACCUUUAUUUAAAUACGAGUAACAUUUUGUAUUAGGACAGUUUGUAAAACCAUGGUGACCAUACGUAUACAUGUACAUGUAUAAGCAGUAUACUUACAAUAUAUUUAUGGGGUUCCUUGGUGGACAUUGCUAUAGGAUUACACAUAAUGAUUAUUGCUGAUAUUGAAAUAGAUAGCACAUAUUGAACAAAGCUGAUGUGAGGUUGCGGGUUUUUGAGUUGUAGUUAGAUUUUGAUAACCACCGACAAAAACGAUAAUAGCGAUACUCUGAUUGUUGGUAAAUAGUAAUGAUAUAUGUUUAGAACAUAAUACGGUGACAUAAACAACAUAAACACAACAGUAAUGUUUGUUUAAGUAUGUGACAGGAAUAUGUCACAUCUAGCUGUUUCAAGAUUGUUUUAUUAAUGGUUGUAUAAAACAAGAUUAUGAUCACUGACGUAAUGUUGGUCUACUUCUGUAUUACUGUUACUCUAUGAUGAUGCCAUCCAACCAUAAGGAUGCUCCGAAGGACUUGGUCGUCGAGGCAACGUUGCAUCAAUCGAUGGAGAUUGGCUAGACUCUUGCAAAGCCUAAACGGCAUCAUUGUGUACUCCCAUGGUCCGGAUGCAUCACAAACGCGGUGUUCUUUGGAUCCUUUUCGUUCAUUGCCACCUGGUAGUACCCAAAGAUUAAAUCGCGGACACUGAUGUAGUUUGCUCCCCUAGAACCUGCAGCAACUCGUCCAUGUGGGGUGGAGGUAUGGAAGUUUCGGUCGUGACCGAGUUGAACCUUCUGUAAUUCAUGCAUACGGAUGAACUGGUCCUUCUUCCUCACAACCACUAGCGGCAAUGCCCCUGGGCUUACACUUUCACGAUUUCCUGCAUUAACGAGUUCUUCUGUGCCUUCAGACUUCUUGGUGCUGUGAUGAGGUCGUGAUCUGUAUCGCUAUCGAAUUGGGGCGCCAUCACCUGUCUCAAUAGUGUGCUUCAAUGUGUCACAAAAAACAAUGUCUUGGUCAUGUCUAGAAAAACCUCAUGCUUACAACAGCUACUCGAACUUCUCAUGUUCCUGGGCCGUCAUCUUCAUCUCCGUCUGAAAGUUUCUGUUCUGCACACCUGCAAGGUUGGAUGCCUUCAUUGACGAGAAGAACUUGAACACUAUUUGGACACAAGGGGUGUUGAUUCAACUAACUCUCCAUGAUACAAAUUCUUAUUCGUCAAAGCCACUAUAAACAUGCUGUUUGACACAAAGACCCAAAAUUGUCCAAGUUGUUGAGAGAAGGGUAGGCUUGAUUGGUCUGGUUCCAGACUGCCUCGUGGCUCAUGCCAUCAGGACCUGGACGGGUAGUUGCUUGAAGUGUCACUGUCUCAACCCGAGGAACCACUACAGCACACUCUUUUGGUAAGUAUGCACGGCUUAUCAUCCCAUCGUUUGCUAUAAAGUUGACUCUUCUCUGCUGCUGCUGCGAAAGCUCUCUCCAACGCUGGCCCUUGUCUGGCAGGGUGAAGCUGUUUCAGGUGACCCUGACCAGAGUCUCCAACCAGCUGACUCCAUCAUUCUCCCCAAAAUUCAUUCCAAGUAUGCCUGAUGGGCUAACAUUUGUGUUUUCCUUGCUGUGUUAAUAAGUAUGAGUCUUGCUGCUAAGUUUGCUCCAAUAAAAAGUGCCCUCAAAUCUGCCUUAAAAAAAGCCAGGUCAACUCGCCUCCUAGCCGACUCGCCUCUUGAUGACUCACCCCCUUGCCAACUUGCCCCCUGACAAUCUCGCUUCUCGCCAACUCACCCCCUGCCAAAAUCUCCUCCUAAUCAAGUCGCCCCCUUAGCGGAGAGUCCGCCUGUUUGGACCAUUGAUUUACACAAAAUCAUUUGCUCAGAACAAUUUAAAUACAAGCAGGCCGAUUGAAUGAUGUGUACCAGACAAUGACGGAGUAACAGUUGGAAACUGCUUU